AUGACUCUUGAACCUAGAAAUGAAGCUACAGAUGGAACUUCAGUGAGAUACUUCACUAGAUCGUCAAUUCCUGGAAAUAGAGUAGGUAGGAGGUGGAAUUUUGAUGAAAAUAUUUAUUAUAACGAGCCUGAAUGGUUGCCUGAGGACGACGAACAGCCUGAUGACUUUGAAAUAAAAGAUGUAUACGACUAUCCAUUGCAUAAAACUCAUAAAAAUAUAGAGAAAAGAGCACCAGUUAAAAAAUCCCUAGUUCCAUUAAUCAACAUUACCCGCUGUGCUUAUAUCACUCAUGUGCCAGGGAUACAGGAAACUGACUUAGAGUAUUUGAACAAAUGGUAUCAGAAAUACUGGCGUGCGAUAAAUUCCAGCGAAUUUAACUACAUUAAUUUGAGCGAUUAUAUUAAAAAUGACAUUUUGUAUAACUAUAAAGAUCCUGUUAAGAUUCAAAUGUAUCUUGGGGCACAGAAGAUUUUAUAUAAUACUGGUACUAUUGGUGACGGAAUUAAACAUGGAGGAAGUGAAUCUAUGUCUAAAAGCCCAAAUUUUAGACACUUUUUUUCAUUAGCUCUAAAGAAUCCAGUAUCACUUAAUUCAUUGAUAAUCAUGACCAAUUGUGUGAUAAUGAUGAAAGAAACACUACAAGAUCAUGAUGCACAACUCAUAAUUGUCGAUGUGUUACUAAGUUGCUACCCCUGUGCAUUGGAAAAUUUUGUAAAAUUGGGUGGGGUUUCACAUAUCAAAGCCUAUCUAGACUAUUUGGCAUCAAAUAGUGUCCUGGAUGCCCAUACAAAUUAUUUGUUGAAGUGUUUUAGUUUGUUGGGGCAACUCGAUAUUACAUUGGAUGUGUUGAAGCAAUCUAAAAUUGGUAUACCUGUUAAUAUAAUUGCUUCGGGGAAGAUCAACCCCAAGGGAACUGUACAAUACGAAUGUUCAGACAUUGGAGUCAAGGUUAAGGCUGCAGAUUUGAUUAAGAGGUGGAAAUCUAUCAGGGAUGAAGCGAUCCAAAAACCACUAAAAAAUACUGUUAAAAUUACGCCUAGCGGUACAAAUAAUAACGCCACGUCAAGUUCUGUGAAUAAAGACACCAAAAAUCUCUGCUUUGCAAAAGGAGUGGGGAAUUGUGAUAAACCCUCUAAUGGUGAAGGAAAAGGUUCAUUUGUGCUUAAUAUCUUGGACACUCUUGUGGAAGAGCAUGAAAAGGGGAGGAAGAGGAAACAAGAACUUAGGAAUGCUCACAAAUCAACCAGUUCGCGUAAAUUGGAGAAGAAAAUCGCAAGAGACUCUAUUCUCGUCGAUUCUACUGUGGAUAAGAAUUCUAUUUGGAAAAAUGGGCCUUCAGAUACAGUGCAUGGUAAUCACAGCCGAAACUAUGCUAAGUAUUCUGUUGAUUAUAACCAACAAAAUAGUACAUCAGUCAUGAUUCCUGUCGGCAUCCCCGUAAUAACAAAUCCCUCAUCAGAGCCAUUACACCAUAUCCCGCAAAUGUCCAGUGUUGAUCACUCAUAUAACAAACUUCCCCAGCAACAUGUUAUGCCAAUUAGUAAUGUACAAAAUGCUGAUAUGCAGCUCGUACCACCCACAAUAAAUUACAAUGGUGUAGUAAAUCGAUCGGUUAAUUAUCAUUCACAUUCAAAUAUCGAAGAAGGCGAUAGUAUGGGCAGCAGUGAGACUGCAAAAGUUCAGUCUCUAUUGAAUUUUUUUAGGACUAAUGAAGCUAAUAAAAUGGGUUGUCAAGGUAGCGCACAGUAA